AUGUCUGAACUUCUUAGUGCCGGAGUUAUUAAAGAAAUGUUCGAUGAGGAUAGGCGAAAGCCAGAGAAUCCUAUACUUCAGGUGGUAAGAUUUUCCGCAAAUCAGGCUAAUCCAAAUGAAUCACUUCAAACAAGAGUUAGAGUAGCUUUUUCUGACGGACAUGAACUUGUAUCAGGCAUUAUCCCAGUUAACCUUUUAAAAAGCGUGAGCGAUGGAAGGUUGGAAAGAGGCCAACUCCUUAGGUUGACUCAUUACAAUUGUAAUGUUAGCCAAAGUACUAAAGGGCAACAAUCUCAAAA